AUUAAAGUAAUUAGUAACCAUUUCAUUAACUUAGUCACACAUGUAAAGAACAAGUACAAAGGGGGAGAUGUCUGAGCACUAUGAUUUUCUCUUCAAAUUCCUGAUUAUUGGAAGUGCAGGAGUUGGGAAGUCUUGUAUUCUCCAUCAUUUCAUUGAGAACAAAUUUAAAUCAGACAGCAGCCACACAAUUGGCGUGGAGUUCGGCAGUAAAAUAGUCCAAGUACGUGGUAAACGGGCUAAACUUCAGAUCUGGGACACGGCCGGUCAAGAAAGAUUCAGAUCAGUCACCAGGAGUUAUUACAGAGGUGCUGCAGGAGCUUUAUUAGUAUACGACAUUACCUCACGUGACUCUUUCAACGCACUAACAGACUGGUUAACUGAUGCACGCACCCUCGCUAGCCCCAACAUUGUCAUUAUCCUGGUUGGGAACAAGAAGGAUUUGGAGGACAGGGAGGUCACUUUCUUGGAAGCCAGCACCUUCGCUCAGGAAAAUGAUCUUAUAUUUCUGGAGGGCAGCGCUCUUACCGGCGACAAUAUUGAGGAUACCUUCCUGCAGUGUGCCAGCUCCAUUCUUUCCAAAAUAGAAACCUCUGAGCUGGAUCCAGACAAAAUGGGCAGUGGUAUCCAAUACGGUACGGAGAGUGCUUCAACUCGGACUGGCUUGCAACGAAACAACAACUCCUCCACAAGAACGGAGUCAAAUUGUCCCUGCUCUUGAGAUUCGUACCAGCUUCCUGAAUUUAGCCUUCCAUAGCUGCCACGAAAGCAUCUCCUUGAUUCCAUAUCUUGAACGGGCACUGAAACAAGAAAGUCACUGCAUGAUCAGUUUCAUUGCAAACAUAAGUAAUCAUUACUUAAUUUUAAAUAGACAAAAUCUGUUUUCGUGGCUGAACUGAAUUCGCGUAACUUUCUUUUAUUUCUUUGAUUACACGUUGAUAAUAACACCAUGCUUUAAUGAGAAAAUUUUGAAUUGAGAUAUUAUUAUUUCUGUUUUUGAAUGUUUAUGUAGUACAUAGUAUGAGUUGUUAAAUAAUAUUUACAGAAAAUUAAAAUACAUUUGGAGGUGAUUCAUUAUUUAAAAUUGUUAAAAGUCUUGUAUGUUUCGUACCAAUCAGACAAAUGAACACUUCAACUCUGUUUCUUACUAUUUCGUUAUGAACCAACCUAAACAUAAAUUACCAGAGUUGUAUUUUUCAACCCCCAGUUUAACUGUUGAACAUAUAUGUUCUGCAAAGUCCAAAAUUUUCGAUCUGUUUGAAAAUUUUUGAUAUCAUUUUAAGUUCAGAUCGAACGAUCAAAUUUAUUUAAUAUAUUCUAACGGUACCAUUGAAUAAAAUUGCCCUUGCACCUUGCUCAGUCGAGUAUAAUAUGACGCUCCCACUAAAUCGCUCGCCCAAAUUUUUGAAAAUUCUCGUGUCUGUGACCUGUGUGAAAAGGCCCUGAGGCCGAGGGUAUGAAAGUAAUCUUUUCUAGGUGUAUUUUAGGAUGCGAAUUAGUCAAAGCCAUAAUAUAUAAUUUCCAUCUAUCUGAUAAGGCUUUUAUAACGUUCACUUCGACAUAUUUGAAACUGUGUAAUAUGCUAAGCAUGAAAUUGGUAGAAUUGAAAUGAAUCUAAGAAUUUUGAACAGUUUUAAAAUACGUACAAUUUAAGUGUUCUGAGUUAAAUACAACUUUGACUCUUCAUAAGAUCAUAUUUUUGUAGUAUGAAUAUUGCUGUGUUUUGUUCCGUUAAAAUUUUGAGUUUCUUGGUGAAACUGUGUGAUCUGAUUGAAUAAAUGUUUGAAUCGAUUCUAUAAUCUGUAAUAUUAUUCUUGAAGAAAUUCGCCGUCCCGCUAA